CGGGCCGGGCCGGGCCACGGGGAGAGCGGCCGCCGGGAAGCGGGCGGGAGGCCGGGCGGGCAGCAGGCAGCCGCCGAGCCGCGAAGCGACAUGGUGCUGCUCAAGGAGUAUCGAGUCAUCCUGCCCGUGUCUGUAGAUGAGUAUCAAGUAGGGCAGCUGUAUUCUGUGGCUGAGGCCAGUAAAAACGAAACGGGUGGUGGCGAAGGUGUGGAGGUCCUGGUGAACGAGCCCUAUGAGAAGGAUGGCGAAAAGGGCCAGUACACACACAAGAUCUACCACUUACAGAGCAAAGUGCCCACAUUUGUUCGAAUGCUGGCCCCAGAGGGAGCCCUGAAUAUACAUGAAAAAGCGUGGAAUGCCUACCCUUAUUGCAGAACUGUUAUUACAAAUGAGUACAUGAAAGAAGACUUUCUGAUUAAAAUUGAAACUUGGCACAAACCAGAUAUUGGCACCUUGGAGAAUGUGCAUAAACUGGAGCCCGAAACAUGGAAACAUGUGGAAGCAGUAUAUAUAGACAUUGCAGAUCGAAGCCAAGUACUUAGCAAGGAUUACAAGGCAGAGGAAGACCCAGCAAAAUUUAAAUCUAUCAAAACAGGACGAGGACCUCUGGGCCCCAAUUGGAAGCAAGAAAUUGUAAAUCAGAAAGACUGCCCGUACAUGUGUGCAUACAAACUGGUUACUGUCAAGUUCAAGUGGUGGGGCCUGCAGAACAAAGUGGAAAACUUUAUACAUAAGCAAGAGAAGCGUCUGUUUACAAACUUCCACAGGCAGCUGUUCUGUUGGCUCGAUAAGUGGGUUGACCUGACUAUGGACGACAUUCGAAGGAUGGAAGAAGAGACUAAGAGACAGCUGGAUGAGAUGAGACAGAAGGACCCAGUGAAAGGAAUGACAGCGGAUGACUAGAGCCACCCUCCCCCUUCUGCACUUUUUGCAAGACAGUGGUCAACAGGAAGGCCCAGCAGCUCUACCCUCCCGAGUGACAGGCCACCUUCGGACGCGCCUUUCUGUGCCCAUUCUUCAGGCAACUUUCGAUCCCUUACUGUAGCUAACCCUAGAUGCCCCUUACUGUUGUGAACAAAUAGACCAUCUGGUAUUAUGAAGGCCGUGUGUGCGGGACCCUGCUCCUCUGAGAGAUGUGGCAUGUACGCUGCUGUAUUUACAGCUCCUCCCUCUCUCUUCAUCGUGUUCUGACCCAUUUCUCUGUGUGUCCACCCCCCCCCCCCAAUUUUAUUUCCAAGUGACAUUUUUAAGUCUUUCAAAAUAGCUGCCUUUUGUGAUGUGGUGAUUUAAAUGAUUUAAGUCUGUUUUCAACCUUGGGGUAAACUGAGGUAUUUUGCUUCCUGGGCAGAUCUUUGCAAUUUUGAGUGCUCACCUGGGGAGAGGGGAUGAGUUAGAAAUACAGCGUUUUCCCCCCCAGUUCCACAGAAUAACAGAAUGGCGUCAUAACUCGGAUAUCUAUUCCCGGUAAUCCAUUGUUAGAGUGCUCUAGGCACCAAGGAGGCACCCAAGGCCCAGCCAGUCUCUUUAAGAAAAUUUAACAAAUACAAAUAACCCCAGUGCCAGGCAUUGCACCUCUGGCCACUAUUUCUUAGAAAUACCUAUGGCUUCUCAACCCUCUUGUUGCCCACUCUGUCUGAAUCUCUGUGCAGAGCCUGUCAUAUGCCCCAGCCAACUCUCCACCUGGAGAGCCUUGCCCUGUUUGGCCUUUAGAAUUGAGUCUGCCCCGUAUAUACUCAUCAUUCUGACUCCCUGAGGAGCUCUGUAUGUCAAUGCUCCUCUUCCCUUUUGGGCUGGUGCUGCCACUCAGCAAUAAUCCUCUUUUCUCUGUGCUUUCUCAGAUCCCUGUCCUCUGUCUUUGAGGCUGAUUAGGGCUUGAGUCCUGAUCUUUUCAUGCUGCACAAAAUGAGCAUGCAAAAAGCUUCCUUCCCAGCAAAUCAUGUUCCCACUUGUCUCCAGGGUUGCUGGAAAGGAAAUUGGGGAUCAGGGACUCAGCUUGUCUUGCCCCUAUGCUGAGUUCUGUCCUAGACAAUCAAAUGCAAGUAGUGGUUGUAGUACAGAACUCUAGCACAGUAGGCUAGUGAGGAAGUCCAGGCUCCAGGUGAAUGGAACCUGCUAAGGGGCUCACAGUUCCCUGUGAUUUGGCAGAAUUGGAGUAUGCCUACGUGGUGGGAGAAUCUGAGACAGCUAUGGUGUCAUCUGACAUUUCUCUCCCAAAUCUGGUGAAGUCUGCUGGCCUGAGUGUGCCAUCAUCCAGGCCCACACUAGCCUGGAUGCAACUGCUAAUAAAAGAGAUAGAGUCUCCAUGAAGGGAGUGAGGAGUUGGGGGGGGGGGGGGGCGAUAAUUUAUGCUUAUGUUUUUUGUCAGUUUGCUUUGCCUUACUCAUUUCUAAGUGCAAUAAGGGAGUAUCUCACAGGAUUGCACCUGUGACACCCUGAUGGAUGCUUCCCUGUGGCCCUUCUGGGGCAAGGGUGGACACUCAGACCCCUUAGUGUGGCUAGCUCUGACCUUCAUUGAGGCCCCUUGGGGACCAGGAGAUGUCCUAUUACAGACACCUUCCUCUUGAUUAGUCUCUUCACCUUGUGGAGUCUGUAGUAAUGGAUCUGGAGCAUUCCAGUUGGUUAUUAGCGUCCCAACUGCUAGUAGCAUUUAUUCGACUGGGGAAGUUGGAGAAGAGGCAUUCCUACUGGAGAAAAAUGUAAAUGUUUUCCUACAAGCUGUUUUAGCUCUUGCUUUUAUUUGUGCAUAAAGGCUUCCCUUUUUCAGUCAUUAACUAGGUGAAGUCUAGAUGUGGGUUAUCCUAAGAGAAACAAAACGAUAUUCUAAGCAGACAGUUGUUUUUGUAAUUUGAGGAUCAGCAGAUGUCUUCUUCCUUCAGCUGAGAUCCACACAUAUCACUUCAGCUUUAGUGGGGGCUUUUUCUUGAGCUGCCUUUUCUCUGGCUCUUCUCACCUUCACCUGUUGCCCCAGUUUAAUCUGGAAUAAAAGCAUCUACAUGAGCUGAGCUAGAAUUUCCUGAGGUCAGCUUGGAUCUUGGGUUCCUACUCACAUAAAUACGGAAAAGGCAGGUCCCUGGUCCACUUCAUCCUCAUGGGUGGUGUUGCUGCUGGGUAACAGUGGUCAACCUCUUUUACAUACCCCCUUCCCUCUUCACCCAUCUCCCAAACCAACUAGCACUCAGAGGGGCUUAGGAUGAAGGGCUCAGCUCCAGGGGUACUACCCGAGGAUGUGCCACACCCCUUCAGACCAGCUGGUUCCAUUAGAUUUCCAGGGACAUAGUCCUGUCUGGAAGCAGCAGUGCCUCUGUAGAAGGGCUACUGGGCUCUGGCCUUCUCACAGAGAGAGGUCAGAGACAGGGUCAGUAUUGUGGGCACAUGUAUACCUUCCCGAGUUCUCCUCUUACAGUCCCUGCUGGGACCUUCCCCCAGCCCUCCGACUUGUUUUGGUUGGUUCCUAGUGCUACUUCUUUUACAAAAUAUACUUUGUAGAAUUGAUUAGAUUACCUUGUUUAUUUAAUGUGAGUUUGUGCCUUUUUGUCUCAAUCUUCCAAUACAGGUAUAUUGGGGAAAAAAAGCAGUCUAAUAAAAUUCUAGACAGAGCUCUCUGGAGUCCAGCUUAUUGAUGAUGUCCUUAUGCACAUUUUACAAAUUAGAUAUCCUCAAACUCUUGCUCAUGACCCCUAUUUUACCAGAGAAGGAUUAGGGAAGGUUACAAGAUGUGUCUGAAAAUUUGUGCAGGUGGAUUUCUGUAAGUUAAAACAUUCCCUUAUCAAUUUACAUAUGCAAACAUUGCAUAUCUGAGUGUAACUUAGCUGUUCUGUACUGGUAGAAUGCCUUUGUCUCCCCUCCUCUUCACAUCUCCCUCUCUACCAGGCAAAGCAUUUAAAGUAGGAGUUCUUAACCUGGCUUCGGGGUCUAUGAACCUCCUGAGGGUUGCUUGUAAAAUUGUGUGUUUUUCUGGGGAGAGUCGUGUCUCUCAUGAGAUCCUCAAAGGAAUCCCCUGCCUCCCCCUCCACCCCCCCCAAAAAAGGAAAAGAACCAAGUGAUUUGACGGAAAUUAUAGUAGAUCUUUGGCAAAAUAGUCUUAAUUUUAUAUGUCUGGUCUUAGAGGUGGUGACUUGUUUUUCAUUCAUUGAUGGUUAAUUUUCUAAGAGUCCAGGAGCCCCAAAAUGUCCCACGUGCAAGAAGUAACCCAAUGAGUUUCAAAAGCGUAAAACACUUGAAAGUGGGAGUAGAGCAUGAGAACUAAGAAUGGAGGAGCUUGAUCAACGUGGUAACUGGGGAAACUGCCUGUAGUUGAUGGGGAAGAUACUGGGCUGCAGGUAAGACAGUGGCUAGACUACCUCGCCGCCCUCAUCAUUUAGGUCUCUGGGCGUUGGGAAACGGGAGGAAAGACAGCACAGAGGUCAGCGACCUCAGAUUUCAUCUUUAGCGAAAGGGACGACCAGCCUCGGAAAAGCCAACGUGGGCAGGAGCGGCUCGAGG